CGCCCCACUUGUUCCUCUCAUCCUAAUGAAGGCUCGGCACGCGGCGAGAACCCCUGACGCCUCAUCGCAUUGCAGAGGCGCCACUCUUCAUGAGCAUGAUCCAGGCACACGCCGCGGCUUGACCGGCUACCACCACAUCCAAGCCACGCAGCACCACGCCUAGUCGAAGAGGCAUGUCGCAGCCACUCGCGGUGCGCGGAGCGCCGUGCGAGUACCCUCGCAACGUCAACUUGGCGGCAUAUCUGUUCUCGAGCGCGCACCAGCACACGCCGGCGCCCACUGGCUCGCCCAGCCACACGUUCGAUGGACAGCCCAUCCCCGAGGACCGGCCGUGUCUCGUCGAUGCCGCCUCGGGCAAGAAGCUCUCCUGGGGCGAGGCCAGGGACCGGGUGUGGGCUGUCGCAGCCGGCCUGAGAGACCGUGUCACGCCCUUGUCUAGCGAUCAUGCCGGCGUGCUCCACUCGCCCAGCACCACGCUCCUGCUCCACCUGCCCAACACGCCCGCCUUCCCGAUGCUGCUUCUCGGCGCCGUCGCAAACGGCCUCACCGUCUCGCCGAUCUCUCCGCUGCUGACGGCGAGCGAGCUGAGCGUGCUGCUCGCCAAGGCUCGACCAGCGCUGCUGUGCACCACUCUUGGCGCAGGCGAGAGCAUCAUGCGCUCAGCCGUGCAGCAGCUUGCGACGCAACCGCUCGACGUCGGCCCUGGAAAGCAGGCGGUGAAGCGCUGGGCAGACGACACAAUCGCGCACUGGAGCUCUCGAAUCUUCACGGUGGACACAAUGGCGGACAACUUUGACUUGCAAGCGACACAGAAGCGAGCAGCCAGCGACUGGACACAGCUGCUGCAGCCGACUGCAGAGCCCUUCGUGUGCAAAGAGAUGAGCGGAGACGAGCAGGGCCGGAGAGCAGCCGUGCUACUCUGGAGCAGUGGCACGACCGGCGCUUCGAAGGGCGUGCUGCUGUCGCACCGCAACUUUGUCGCCAACACGCAUUGCUUUUGGACCAGCUGCCCGGUGCUCGACGGGCCUCGCCGAGGCGCCUUUGGCGGCGGCGAGCGAUGGGUCGCACUUGCCCCGUGGUGCCACGUCUAUGGGCUCGGCACGCUCCUGCUACCGACGUUUGCCUUCGGCGUGACUUUGGUCAUCCCGCCUCCCGGCCGCUUCGACCUGCUCAACUACCUGCGUCUGCUGACGCAGUGCCGAGCAACGUACGCCCACAUCGCACCGCCAAUCGCCGUGAUUCUGCGUCACACGCCGCUGCUCACCUCGUCCGAGAUGCAAAAGCACGCGCUCGACCUCUCGACGGUCAAGGGCAUGAUGUCAGGCGGCGCACCCGUGCCGGCCGAGGUCAUCGAGGGCGUGUAUCACCGCACGGGCAUCAUGAUCCAGAUGUCGAUGGGCACGACGGAGACGAUCUCGACGAGCGGCGUGCGCAGCACUACGCUUGAGCACUCGCUGAGCGAGGGUAACCUCGGCAGCAGCGGUCUUGUCUUUGACGGCGCGCAGAUCUGCAUCGCAGGCAGGGCAUCGAAGGAGGAGGUUGAUCAAUGGCAGCAGGAGUGCGAGGCGAAGCGCGCGGCAGGAGAGAGAGUGCCGCUUGGCCCUGGCGCGCCGGGCGAGAUCUUGAUCGGCGGCGACACAGUCAUGCUGGGCUACUACUCCGGCAAGGGCUCCGAGGAAGGCGGUGCGCUGGAUGCUGAGGCAACCAAGGGCGCCUUCACGUCGGACGGCCUGUAUCGCACGGGCGAUGAGGGCAUGCUCGACGCGAAGGGCAACCUGUGGAUCACGGGCCGCAUCAAGGAACUCAUCAAAGUGAAGGGCUUCCAAGUGGCGCCCGUCGAGCUUGACAGCCUUUUCGCCAAACACCCGGCCCUCCUCGACGCAGCCGCGUGCGGCCUCUCGCAAGAAGGCCAAGAGCGCGUCGUCAUAUUCGUCUCGCCGGCAGACAGCGCCGUGCUGCAGGACGAGGCGAAGCAGGCGAGCUUGGUCGAGCAGCUGGCGCAGUGGGCUGCGCCGCAGAUUGCACACUACAAACACCCAUCUCUCUACGUCUUUUGCGCUGCGAUCCCCAAGAGCCCGACGGGCAAGAUCCUCCGCAAGGACCUGAAGAAUGUCGCUGGGACUCGCCAUGUCGCACCGAGGAUCAGCCGGAGCGCGAGACUGUAAGGGCCGGCUCUUGCACUUCAUGUACGCGGGGCGCCAAUGCACACGUCAAAAGC